AGACUGAGACUGAGAGACGGAGGGGAAAACAGCACAGCAGAUAAGGGUCAUUGGGGUUUUCCAUUGUGUAGGAUUAGAAAAGACAUGAGAAGUAGGUAAGGCAGAGUGAGGGGGGGAACAAAUCUGUAGUCACAAACGAUCAGACAGCAGAAAGAGAGUGGAGACAGAAGAAUGUGAGCAGUGAAUGAGUGAACGUCAGAAAAAGAGAAAGGGUAAAGAGAUCGAACCUCGAGUCAUAAAUAGCUGUCAUUUCCAAGGUUAGCAGUAGGUCCAGAGGAAGAGUGUACAGGAAGACUUUAGAGGUUGUACAGGUUGUUUUAGUCUUGAGCUUAGAUAUUUUACACACAGGUGGAGGACUGUAAUCGAAUGGGAAAGAAAUAGCUAAGAUGAAUUGCACAAAAGAGCAGUUCAACAGUAAAGAUGGGAGAUGCUGUGAUCAAUGCCAUGCAGGAUCAUACAUGGUAGCUGAAUGUAGCGGCACAACGAAGACCAAGUGUGCUGAAUGUGGACGUAAAGGCUACACAGCCACAAAAAAUCACUUGUCUAACUGUCGUCAAUGCAAGAUCUGCAGUCCUACUAAUAAUCAGAGGACAGUAAAGGACUGUACAACUAAGGAGGACACAGUAUGUGAGUGUGUGACUGGUUUCUACUGCAGUAAUGUUGACUGUGACCAUUGCCUGCAAGUGAAAGACUGUCCUAUGGGUGAAGGGGUCAAGAUGAAAGCCACUCGCACAAACAAUACAGUGUGUGCUCUGUGUAUAGAAGGGACCUAUAGCAACGUCACAGACUUCAACUCACCCUGUCAAACACAUACCAGAUGUGAGGAUAUUGGAAGAGUGUUGAAAACUCCGGGAACCCGAACAAGUGAUGCUAUCUGCGGUAACUUCAAAUCUCAUUGUCACUGGAUGUUGCCCGCAAGCCUGUGGUCAGGACUCGUGUUGACUGCACUCAUUGUGUUUGGUCUCAUCUGCUGGAGAGCAAAACGCAAGUCAGACAAAGCAGCCAGAUCGAGUCCUCCUGUUACCUUCAUUAACCUGGUUCCUGCAGCACCUGUCAGUCCGCUGAAGCUGCCCUUACCGCCCACAGAGCUGAACGGUUACUGCCAAGAGAGCUGCACUGUAGACGGCUGCGAUUUACCAAUAUUUAACCCAGACGAUAAUGUGGUCAGUUGCACACAAGACAGUGUGGACAGCUGCCUUCCUAUAACACCACUGAAGGCUUCAGUUUCAUUCGCUGAAUCCAACCACAUCAAUGGAAGUGCUGGAUACAGCACCAGCAACUUCCUCAGGACCUACUCAGAGCCACAGGAGGACGAGUGGUGUGGGACAUAAUCAAGCAAAUAUUGCCGUAACAGUAUACUGAUGGAGCUCCUUCUGCGACAUGGAGAUACUGCAACUAUAAACUGGAUCUAUUUAUACCAAAGAGAGAAAAAGAGAGUAGGGUUUCUCUUGUUCAGGAGACUUGAGGCUGGCUGAUGGUUUACUGUCCACUGCAGGACACUGGUGAGAGUUUCAGCUGCAUACAAAAUGAAACUGACAGCUAAAACAUUUUUUUAAACCACUGGUGUAGCUUAGUAUUUGAGUCAUUUCCUUUGAUGUGAAUUAGUUUUAUAGAUGCUUCGCAAGUCAAGGCAGCACUGUCUGAUUUUUUACAGCUCUGUGGAUUUAUUUAAGCCUGUUGAUAUUUUUUUCUUAUGUUUAGACAAAUCCCAUGAAAAGGCCAAAACCAACAAUGGAUGUAUCCUAUCAACAAGUAUGUAUGUGUAGUCAAAGCCUGAUGUAGCGUGUUCCUCUGUGCCAUAGAGCUCCAUUGUCAAAAAAUUAUUAUUAUUAUUUUUUAAAUACAGCGAGUCACUCUGUUGCACAGUGUAGCUUGUUCCUUCAUUUCCAUGAACACUGUAGUUUCUUUUGAGUCAACGCGCAUUAGAAAAUAGUGCUCCAUUUUCUACUGUUUGAUUAAACUGCUAAAAACUGCAGUGUUCAGCAAUUUUAUUUAUUUGCAGCCUGUUUUUAAAAAAGUACAUCUGUGUAAGAAUGAAUGGGCCUGAGGUUCGAGUGCCACAGACAUGGUAGAUUGUCAGAAAUUUAAAGGACUAAAACACCACUGGACCUUUUGUGGGAUUUGUUGACAAUAAGAAACACUGUGGUCCUUCCUUUACUGUAAACUAUAUCUUUGUAAUUAUAUUUGAAAGGUUGUUAAUUGUAACUUAUAUUGUUCCAGCAGGUUGAGAAUUGUACAUGAAAACUAGUUUAACGCCAACAAAAAUCUGUCCAUUUUUUUUUAAGUACAUACUAAUGUAAAUUUUGACCACUGAAUUUUCUGUAUUUAUAAAACUAUAGAAACUUUACAACAUGCAGCAGCACACUCAUGUGGUGUAUUAAAGAUGCAGCAAUGA